AUGCCCCUCAUCCCCACUACACCCACUGCACCCUGCUUAAUCAAAGACCUUGUCUCCACCACCGCUCAAUCCAUCACGACCGACCCUAAGCUCCACGAAUUCGUCCUCCUCGACAUCUGGCUCAUAUUUUACGGCCGACAAGCUGUCACGCCGACAGCGCAACAAGAAAAGUUCAAGCGCGGUGUUUGGGCUGUUGCCUUUGCAGCAUGUAUUUUUGCCGGCACAAUCACAGGCGCACAACUAAAGACAGAUAACGAGAAGAAAGAGGCAAUUCAAGAGUUCCGGGCGACAUCCCCCAACGAACAAAUAGCUGCUCUCCUAUCCCAACGAAAAACUUUAUUAUCACAGAAGGCUGUCCUCCAAAGGAAAAUGGAUGACUUCGAAGUGCGUGUCAAGGAACGUGAGGCUGAGAAGGCGAGAGAAAGGGAAGGCCCAUGA